CCCCAGAGGCGCGGCGGCCUGGGUCCCGGCGGGCCCUGCCCGCGGGGCGCACGGUCCCCGCUCGGCGGCGCGGGCAGCGAUGCCGCUGGAGGCGCAGGACGCGCUGUACGUGGCGCUGGAGCUGGCGCUGGCCGCGCUGUCGGUGGCGGGCAACGUGCUGGUGUGCGCCGCGGUGGGCACGUCCAGCGCGCUGCAGACGCCCACCAACUACUUCCUGGCGUCGCUGGCGGCGGCCGACGUGGCCGUGGGGCUGUUCGCCAUCCCCUUCGCCGUCACCAUCAGCCUGGGCUUCUGCACCGACUUCUACAGCUGCCUCUUCCUCGCCUGCUUCGUGCUGGUGCUCACGCAGAGCUCCAUCUUCAGCCUGCUGGCCGUGGCCGUGGACCGCUACCUGGCCAUCCGCGUCCCGCUCCGAUAUAAGAGUUUGGUCACUGGGAGCCGAGCGAGAAGAGUCAUUGCUGUCCUCUGGGUGCUUGCCUUUGGCAUCGGACUGACCCCUUUUCUGGGCUGGAACAGUAAAGACAGUGCCACCAACUGCACAGAGCCCAGGGACGGAGCCAGGAAUGAAAGCUGCUGCCUUGUGAAGUGUCUUUUUGAGAAUGUGGUCCCCAUGAGCUACAUGGUAUAUUUCAACUUCUUUGGGUGUGUCCUGCCCCCACUGCUCAUCAUGCUGGUGAUCUACAUCAAGAUCUUCAUGGUGGCCUGCAAGCAGCUGCAGCGUACCGAGCUGAUGGACCACUCAAGGACCAUCCUCCAGCGAGAGAUUCACGCUGCUAAGUCCCUGGCCAUGAUCGUAGGAAUUUUUGCUUUGUGCUGGCUACCAGUGCAUGCCAUCAACUGCGUCACCCUUUUUCAGCCAGCUCAUGCUAAGGAUAAGCCCAAGUGGGCAAUGAAUAUGGCUAUUCUCCUGUCACAUGCCAACUCAGUUGUCAAUCCCAUUGUUUAUGCCUACAGGAACCAAGACUUCCGCUAUACUUUUCACAAACUCAUCUCCAGGUAUGUUCUCUGCCAGACAGAUGUCUUUAAGAGUGGGAAUGGGCAGGCGGGGGCACAGCCUGCUCUCAACAUGGGCCUAUGACCUGGACUCUGUCCUCUUCAAAAGGCACAAAUCCACAAUAAACAAAGGGACUGGACAUGACUGGAUGAUCCUCACGUGAAAGAUAGGUAUGCCUCACAAAUAUGUAAGUUGCCUCUUUUGAGCAUCUCCCUGGAGUUACCACAUAUCUAAUAUGUACAUGAUAUUAGUAGGUUCCAAGGGUUGACAAACACAUAUGGUUCUGUCUGGAUGACCUCCCUUGUGUGGAUGAUGCUGACAGCUUGAAUGGAUUGUAAAAUAAUGUUUUGUUUUUUUAAAGUCUGCCUUUUUCAUGGUAGAAAAUGAGUAAAACUAUUUUUUCUGUGAAA